AUGGAACCUUACGUUGGUUACUCGGAACUUGCUCGUUACCUGAAAGACAAUGACAAGGCAACGUGGUCCUAUGCUGAAUUUCUGACACUCCAUCGUGAUACUCUCCUUAAGUCACCACCUUAUUUGGACGAAUGGUUUCAUCUCGAUGGUCGCUGGGCUAAUGUUUUUUAUACGAAGUACGAGAGCUGGAUCCAAGCAAUUUCAGCAUCAUGGAAAAGAGGGUGGUGCAUCUUAUAUUUUUAUUUUUAUAUUUUGCCUAGGGAGCUCCUGUCCGCUCUCAUCAUGAUUAGGAGAGCAUUGGCUCUCUUCCCAGCCACUAUCAUUGCGAAAUCGCUUUUACUUGAAGUUGGAUCUUUUCUUUUAAUGAAAAAAGUUGUAUUAAAUUGUAUACUCCGUUCCGCAGAAGUGACUUCAUACAAGCAUAGAUUUGAUUUUGUUUAUGUCGCAAAAAAGAUAUUAGCAAACCAAACACAUCUAAAUGCAAGUAUGGACUUGCUGGGUAUUGCUGGAAAACAAAAUUUUCAACAAAUGACCUCUAAGGGUUGUCUAAAGACCUUCGGCGAAACCAAUGAACUACAGAUGUUAUAUACCGAACCUCAGGAAACAAUUUUAGACUUCGAAAACAAUCCAUUUCUGGACAAAGAAAACAAGGACGAGGAUCGUGAAUUGCCGAACUACUCCAUAUCUUCCGAAUCUGAAUUAGGUGAUGCAUCUGGGUGCUCCGACAAUGGAACUCUUGAAAAUGGUAAAGAUAUCAAAGAAAGUCUUGAAAGUGAAGAGGACGGUUUCAUGAACGAUCAUGCCAAAUUAGAACAUAAAGUGAAGUUUCGCAAUAUGCAUAUCGAUAAGAAGUGGAAGUUGCCUUCGGGCGAUUACGUCGAAAAUAUUUUGUAUGAACAUGCAAAAGAUUUACAAUAUGAAGAUCAAUUACAUAGCUUCAUAAUCGACACCAGCAAUGAUGCUAUAAUGGAUCUUUUCAAAGAUGUUGACCAUGAUCAUAUAAUUACAUACAAUACUUCUCCCGAACCUGAAUUAUCAGAUGAAUUGAUUAAUUAUCUUAUGAGAUAUCGUAAAUUUCAGCCUAGCGAAAUGUACGAAUUGAGACCGAAUGACUUCACAAGAGGCCAUUUAGAAGGAUGGUUUACCAGUAAUAUUUGGAGUGUCAUAGUUGAUGCCUGCUUUAUUGAUCUCGAGACAAUUGAAUUUAUCCGAGGCGAAGGCUGUUCUGGUGCAUCAAGACAGCGAAAAAACCGUGAAAGAAAGAAUCCGAAGGUCAGGAAGAUCAUGGGACGCAAGUGUGAUGGGAUUGUACGUGAUUUGGGAUCGCCAGAAGAAUUUGCAGUUAGUGAAGAAGGUCGCACUUGGACCGGAGAAGACGGUACCAAAUAUUUAUCUGACGGUUCAUUGAAGAUGCCAAAAAUAAUGCGCGAUAUGCUAUUUCAAAAAAUUAAAAAGCACGGUGUUAGUUUUGUCAAAAAGAAUCAGAUCGAAAUUGUCGGAUUUUUGCAUUCCGCUCAAUACCUACAAAUGCUUGUGAUGGAUAUUCCAUCUGGAUACAUAUGUCGGCUUCGUAGAUAUCCUCUUAGCCAGGUACCAACUGUUCUUUCUGAAAUUGAUGAUCUUAUUUCCGUGGUCUACGAUGUGCUUAUUGCAAAGCUCCGAAUUACUCGAUGUUUGGAAUAUUCAAAUAACCCAAGUGAUAAAACUUCGAUUAACAGCAAUGAAGCUUUAAAGAAACGCUUAAAGAAAAAGUCUAUAAACCGACAACAAGAGAAUGAUGAUUACGAAUUUCCGAGUUCACAGAAGACUCCCAAAAAAAGAAAGAUUGAAAAACCCAAAAAAGUCUGA